AUGAGCCGGGGCGCGGGCGCGCUUCAGCGCCGGACAACGACCUACCUCAUCUCGCUGACCCUCGUCAAGCUCGAGUCGGUGCCUCCGCCGCCGCCCUCCCCGUCUGCAGCCGCGGCCGGAGCCCCCGGGGCCAGGGGCUCCGAGGCCGCCGAUCCCGGCAGCCCCCGAGGUGCCGAGGAACCGGGGAAGAAGCGGCACGAGCGGCUCUUCCACCGGCAGGAUGCGCUGUGGAUCAGCACGAGCAGCGCGGGCGCGGGGGGCGCCGAGCCCCCCGCCCUGUCCCCGGCAGCCCUGUCCCCGGCCGCCCUGUCCCCGGCUCCGGCCAGCCCGGCUCGCCCGGUCUCCCCGGCUCCCGGCCGCCGCCUUUCCCUCUGGGCCGCCCCUCCGGGACCCCCGCUCCCCGGGGGGCUGAGCCCCGACGCCAAGCCCGGGGGCGGCCCCCCCUCCUCCCGGCGCCCUUUACUCAGCAGCCCGAGCUGGGGGGGCCCGGAGCCCGAAGGCCGGCCGAGCGGCGGCGUCCCCGGCUCGUCCUCCCCGCACCCGGGCACGGGCAGCCGGCGGCUCAAGGUGGCGCCUCCCCCGCCGGCUCCCAAGCCCUGCAAGACCGUGACCACUAGUGGAGCCAAAGCCGGCGCCGGCAAGGGCGCGGGGAGCCGCCUGUCAUGGCCCGAGAGCGAGGGCAAGCCCAGGGUCAAGGGGUCAAAGAGCAGCGCUGGGACUGGAGCUUCUGCCGGGGCCGCCGCCGGAGGAGGAGGAGGAGGAGGCGCUGCGGCCCCGACCUCUGGGGGGGUCGGGGCUGGGGCUGGAGCCCGAGGAAAGCUGUCCCCGAGGAAAGGCAAGAGCAAGACCUUGGACAACAGUGACUUGCACCCGGGACCACCUGCCGGCUCGCCUCCUCCGCUGACCAUUCCAGCAGCCCUGGCGCCUGCCUCAACCAUCCCCACCACCUCCGCGCAGCCCCCCGGGCCUGCACCUCCUAUCACCCUGGAGCCUCCAGCUCCGGGGCUGAAAAGGGGCCGGGAGGGGGGCCGAGCAUCCACUCGUGACCGCAAGAUGCUCAAGUUUAUCAGCGGUAUCUUCACUAAGAGCACAGGGGGGCCUCCCGGCUCCGGGCCUCUUCCCGGACCCCCAGGCUUGUCUUCUGGCAGCGGGUCCAGGGAGCUCCUGGGCGCGGAGCUCCGAGCCUCCCCUAAGGCCGUGGUCAAUAGCCAGGAAUGGACUUUGAGCCGUUCCAUUCCUGAACUGCGCCUGGGUGUGCUGGGUGAUGCCAGGAGUGGGAAGUCAUCACUCAUUCAUCGAUUCCUAACUGGUUCAUACCAGGUGCUGGAGAAGACUGAGAGUGAGCAGUACAAGAAAGAGAUGUUGGUGGAUGGACAGACUCAUCUGGUGCUGAUCCGAGAGGAAGCUGGUGCACCUGAUGCCAAGUUCUCAGGCUGGGCAGAUGCUGUGAUCUUUGUCUUCAGCCUGGAGGAUGAGAACAGUUUCCAGGCUGUGAGCCGUCUCCAUGGGCAGCUGAGCGCUCUCCGGGGAGAAGGGAGAGGAGGCCUGGCCCUGGCAUUGGUGGGGACACAAGACAGGAUCAGCGCUUCCUCUCCUCGGGUGGUAGGUGAUGCUCGUGCCAGGGCUCUAUGCACAGACAUGAAGCGCUGCAGUUACUAUGAGACGUGUGCAACCUAUGGGCUCAAUGUAGAUCGGGUCUUCCAGGAGGUGUCCCAGAAGGUAGUGACUUUGCGCAAACAGCAGCAACUCCUGGCUGCCUGCAAGUCCCUGCCUAGCUCCCCAAGCCACUCAGCUGCCUCUACUCCUGUAGCUGGGCAGGCUAGUAAUGGGGGCCACACUAGCGACUACUCUUCUUCUCUUCCAUCCUCCCCCAAUGUUGGCCACCGGGAGCUCCGAGCUGAGGCAGCAGCAGUGGCUGGAUUGAGCACUCCAGGAUCUCUGCACAGGGCGGCCAAGCGGAGGACCAGCCUUUUUGCGAAUCGUCGCGGGAGUGACUCAGAGAAGCGGAGCCUGGACAGUCGGGGAGAGACAACGGGGAGUGGUCGAGCCAUCCCCAUCAAACAGAGCUUCCUACUAAAGAGAAGUGGCAAUUCUUUGAAUAAAGAAUGGAAGAAGAAAUACGUGACUCUGUCCAGUAACGGCUUCCUACUCUACCAUCCCAGCAUUAACGAUUACAUCCAUAGUACCCAUGGCAAGGAGAUGGACUUGCUACGAACGACAGUCAAAGUCCCAGGCAAAAGACCCCCAAGAGCCAUCUCUGCUUUUGGCCCCUCAGCCAGCAUCAACGGGCUGGUCAAGGACAUGAGCACUGUCCAGAUGGGUGAAGGCCCUGAAAUCACUACUCCCAUGCCAAGCCCCAGUCCCAGCCCCGGUUCCCUGCAGCCACCAGACCAGACAUCCAAGCAUCUGUUGAAGCCAGACCGGAAUUUGGCCCGAGCCCUCAGCACCGACUGUACCCCAUCUGGAGACCUGAGCCCCCUGAGUCGGGAACCCCCUUCUUCUCCCAUGGUGAAGAAGCAGAGGAGGAAAAAAUUGACAACACCAUCCAAGACUGAAGGCUCAGCUGUACAGGCUGAAGCCAAGCGCAAAAUGUGGAAACUAAAAUCCUUUGGUAGUUUAAGAAAUAUUUAUAAAGCAGAGGAAAACUUUGAGUUCCUGAUUGUAUCCAGCACUGGUCAGACAUGGCACUUUGAGGCAGCCAGCUUUGAAGAGCGGGAUGCCUGGGUCCAAGCCAUCGAGAGUCAGAUCCUAGCCAGUUUGCAGUGUUGUGAGAGCAGCAAGGUCAAGCUGCGCACAGACAGCCAGAGUGAAGCUGUGGCUAUCCAGGCAAUCCGGAACGCCAAGGGAAACUCCAUCUGCGUGGACUGUGGGGCCCCCAACCCCACGUGGGCCAGCUUGAACCUGGGUGCACUGAUCUGCAUCGAGUGUUCUGGCAUCCACCGGAACCUGGGCACACACCUGUCCCGCGUUCGCUCGCUGGAUUUGGAUGACUGGCCGCGGGAGCUGACCCUGGUGCUGACCGCCAUUGGCAACGACACAGCCAAUCGCAUCUGGGAGAGCGACACUCGGGGUCGUGCUAAGCCCACGCGGGACUCUUCGCGGGAAGAGCGCGAGUCGUGGAUUCGCGCCAAGUACGAGCAGCUGCUGUUCCUGGCGCCGCUGGGCACCACGGAGGAGCCGCUGGGCCUCCAACUGUGGGCCGCGGUACAGGCCCAGGACGUGGCCGCUGUUCUCCUGCUUCUGGCCCACGCGCGACACGGGCCGCUGGACACCAGCGUAGAGGACCCGCAGCUCCGUUCCCCACUUCACCUGGCUGCGGAGCUCGCCCACGUUGUCAUCACGCAACUGCUGUUGUGGUACGGCGCGGACGUGGCGGCCCGCGACGCGCAGGGCCGCACGGCCUUGUUCUACGCGCGUCAGGCUGGAAGCCAGCUGUGUGCAGACAUCCUCCUCCAGCACGGCUGCCCGGGCGAGGGCGGCAGCGCAGCCACCACGCCCAGCGCCGCCACCACGCCCAGCAUGACCGCCACGCCCAGCCCCCGGCGCCGGAGCAGCGCCGCUAGCGUGGGCCGCGUCGAAGCCCCGGUAGCGCUGGUAUAGUUGCCCAGCAGCGGGAGAGACACCCCAUCCCCACCACCCCCUCAGGCGAGCCGGGCACGACCACACCGGGUGGACCAUUGGACAGAUGCACCCACUCACCUCUUCAAUCCGCCCCCCCCACGGGAGCACUUCCUUACCCCCCACAAGGGCACAGCCCCCUCCCCUCCCCACGCCUCCCAGAAGACACAAACGCACCUUCCUCUCCCCAACGAGGCAUGGAGACCCUUCCCCCCCACCCCCACAGCUCAACACACCCCCUUCUCCACUGUUUCCAUACUCGGAUUGCUUUGGGUCUACCCGCGCGCGGUGUUUGCAGAAGGGGAUGCUCUGGCCGCGUGCGCGCGCGCAGCGCAGGCCCCAGGGCGCUUGGACAUGCCCAUUCGCGCCCCCUGUUGGUGGGAAAAGACCCAGUCCUACCUGCCUGCGCUGAACAAUCCCCAAAGGCGGGAGCCCAAACCCAGGCUGGCUCCUGGGGCGACGCCACGCCAGAGGGAGGGGUUAGUACGUGAAGGGCUAGCCCUGGGACUUGGGACCAAUACUGGGACCCCCGUCCCUUCUAUGCUGAUCUCACUGCCCAGUGAAGGGGGAGGAAGGGCAGCGAGGGGCAGGACCCCUGCUGCCCAUAGAGUGUGUGUGUGGGGGUCCCCAACCCUUUCCGUGAAAGGGACCAUGAGGAGUGGAAAUUAGGAUGUCCCCCUACAUCUACCUAUAGAUGGAGCGAAAGGGCCAGGGGGGAGCCAAGAGCCCGGGUCCCUCCCCUACGAUCUUAGGAGGGAGAAGGAACGGAGCCUGAGGGGGCUGGAGAAGGGCCUUGUAAUUUAUUGCUUUG